AUGUCCACCUCAGCUCCCAACGCUCCUGGCCCCCGGACUACUACUCCCAAGCCCACCCCACCACCUAUCCUCGGGUCCCUCUCCGAGAUCUGCAUCGUGACCCCGUCCCUACAUAGCACGCUGGACAGCCUGACGCGCCUGGGCCUGGGGCCGUUCCGUACCUUCGUCUUCGACGGCACCACGGUGACGGGCCAGGAGCUGGGCGGCCAGUGCGGCGGCGACCUGUACACGAUGCGGGUGGCCUUCGCGCACAACCACGGCGGCGACGCGCGGGAGCCCGUGCUGGAGAUCAUGGAGCCCGUGUCGGGGGCGACGCCGAUGCGGGCGUACCUGGACGCGCACGGGGGGCGGGCCGGGGUGCAGCACGUGGCGUUCGGCAUGUUCGGGGAGCCGAUGGCGGCGCGGCGGGCGCGCAUGGCGGAGCGCGGCUUCGCGCCCGCCAUGGCCGGCGUCUGGACCGGCCGCCGCGGCGAGGCCCGCUUCUGCUUCUUCGACACGGCCGAGCAGGGCCUGCCGACGUGCUUCGAGACCAUCGAGUUCUCGGGCGACUGGGAGGAGCCCGCCUGCGUCUGGUACCCGCACCCGCCGGCGGACGAGCCAGGGAAGAAGAAAAAGACCGAGAUCCCGGGCGUCGACGCGCGGGUGCUUGCUGCUGGUUACGAGGAGCUGCUGCAGUGA